AAAUCAAAAUAAGUUUUGAAGACGUCUAGUUGGAAUUGCUUAGGAAAAAGUAGUUAGUACAAAAAUUAAAAUAAAGCUAAGCACACACUAAGGCCAAGCCUUUAACUUUUCUCACUUACUUUAUUUUUUGUCAAAGCAUAACACACACCACGCACACCCCACUCCACGCAAAACAUCUCUCUCUCUCUCUCUCUAAUGUGAAUAUACCCCACCCCUAUUCCUUUCUCUCUCACACACUAGAAAACACACAUCCUAGAAAAUAAAUGUAAAAUAUAUUAUUCUCACUUUCUUUCCUUUCCUCAUUUUGACCGGAACUCCACUUCUCCCCCUCUCUCUAUAUAAACCUUUCCUACCCCUUCUCUCUCCUCAUCCCUCCACCUCUCUCUCUCUCUCUCUGCUCCCAUCCAUGCUAUGCUUAAUUAGGGAUUAAAUUAGCACAGCCGCGUUUUAUCUCUUCUCCUACACCUCUCAAAUGGCUGAAAACUCACCAAAACGCCACCGCGACGACUCAAUUGAAUCCGAUCUCGACGACUCGAGCUCAAGCGCAAAGCGCCAAAAGCCAUAUAACAACAUUCUCAAUCUCCUCGACGAAGAGGAUGAACCGGAGCCGAGCGACGAGCCGAGCGAGGAGCUGAGCCAUGAUUUGUCAGCCAUAUUCACCACCCUCCAGCAAGAACUCUCCUCCUCCUCCUCCGGCUCCGCCACUACCGACUUCGACUUCGAGUCUCCGCCGACGGCGGCGGAGCACUCCCAGCCACCCGAGUGCGGCGGCGGGGAUGAGGACGAGAGUGUGAAGUCCGUGAUGAGGCAUCUUCUAGAAGCUUCUGAUGAUGAGCUCGGGAUUCCAAACACGACGGAUGAAAACGGCGUUGAAAAUUUUAACGCCGCCGAAAAUUUACCGUUUGCAUUUACCGAUCACGGGCUGUGGGAACUUGAAGACGUGGCGGCUAAUUACUAUACUGUUUUACAGUCUGAACUUUUCAUGUAGAAGAAAAAAUUCUAAUUUAUGGGGCUAGAAAUGAGAAGUAGGAAUAUUUAGGUGGUGUAAAGGUUAUAAAAUUGAAACUUAGGGGCAAAUGAAAAGAAAAGUGGAGAAGUUUUAGGUAUUUCAUUUUGGUCUCUCUUCUUUUAUGUAGAACUGCAGAUGAUGUUCCCUUUAUUUUAAACAAGUAGAAGUUGGAAAAAAGCAGAAAAUUACCUUGUCAAUAAAUAUUCUAUUUUUUAUUUA